UCCAACUCUGCCCUAAUAGAAUUCCUUUGGUAGCUUUGGCGAUAUUGACGAAGAGCGAAACUGUGAUCUCCUAUCGGUCUCUCGCAAGCGCGAUCAGUGACAGCGAUAAUGAGAAUGCGGACAUUGGGAGUGAGGAAGUUGGCAGCGAAGAAGAGCCAAGUGAAGAAGAAGAAGAUGAGGAAGAUCCAGAUGAGGAUGAGCCACAGGAAGUAGAUUCAAAUGCCGAGGCAAAUGAUGAAGAUUCUUGUGGAGCAAAAGAAGAAAACUUAAUUGAGCAGGAACUGGAUGAAGCUGCUUCAUGUGAGGUAGAACCAGACGAAGAAUUAGUUGAAGAACCUUGUGAAGAAGAACCAGAUGAAGAACCUUGUGAAGGAGAACCAGAUGAUGAAGCUUGUGAAGAAGAACCGGAUGAAGAAAUUGUUGAAGAAGAACCAGUUGAAGAAGAGCCAGAUGAAGAAGAACCAGAUGAGGAACUUGAUGAGGAUCCUGAGGAGGAGCUUUCAGAUGAGGAACCUACUUGUGGAUCUUCGGUUAACCAAUCUUAUGACAAAAACAAUAACUCUGCCCAAUUUAGCUUGGGCAAGAUGAAUAUGUCAUCUAAUAUCACAUCUUGUGCGGGAAGACCUUCUGAGCUAUCUUGCAUUAAGAAUUCAUCUGGUAAUGCUAUUGUUCCGGAGAAACUGCCAGCUAAUGAAAUUACUGGCAAAAAGAGGCGUCGUAGAUGGGAUAUUUCUGAGAAUGAAGUAAAAGAACAAGCAGAAACAGGAAAGUUUGGACAAUCGAGAGAAUCAGAAAAGAGGAAGACUCGGCGGUCAAGAUGGUCCAGUGAGGAUUCACAACACAGCUGGGCAUUGACUCCAAAUCAUCCUGGCGGUAAUGAUCUAGAAACUCCAAAAUUGCUUGCUCAGCUUUUUGAGUUAACAAAAAAGCUGCAGUCUGGAAUAGUCGAUGAUCGACUAGAGAGCGAAAGGUCUCCGUCUCCACCACCUCUUUACAACAACCUGGGGUUUCAAAUAAAUACGAGGGAGGCCAGGCUUCGUUCCAAACUUAUGAAACAGAGGCAAGAAAUUAUUAAAGAUUUAAUGAAGAGUAAUCCAAAUUUUAAACCACCACCGGACUACAAGACCAAUAAGUUGCGCAAGAAAGUCUACAUACCUGUAAGAGAAAAUCCUGGAUACAAUUUCAUAGGCCUCAUUCUUGGGCCUCGUGGAAAGACACAGAAGCAAAUGGAAGAGGAGACGGGGGCUAAAAUUGUGCUGCGUGGUAAAGGUUCUUCAGAACAAAAACCGAAGAAUAAAUGUGAUUCUUCUGAUGACGAGGACUUACAUGUCCUGAUAGAGGCCGAUGACAGGUAUUCUUUGGAUGCCGCUGUGAGUAUAGUAGAGAAGCUUUUGAUUCCUGUGGAAGAUGGGCAUAAUGUUCACAAGCUUAAACAGCUAAGAGAGCUUGCUGAGCUUAAUGGAACACUGAGAAAUACGAAUACAAGUAGUUCGAGGAAGUUUGAUCCCUGCAAUGUUUGUGGUGAUAAAGGCCAUCCUACCGUUGCUUGCCCUUUGACAGCUCCGAGUUCGGGAGCCAACUCAAAAGGUCAGAAAGUGAACUUCUUUGCUGAGAUGGGAGGGGGAGUUUCGCCCUUCAGUAGCCAACCACCUCUUGUACAAACCAUUCCUCCAGCGACCAAUUUUGCACCAUAUGUCAGCAAUCGAAGGAAAGAGAUUGAUGAUGCAAAUCUAUUCGUUGGUCAACUUCCACCAUCUGUGGAUAAUACCAAGAUGAGGGAACUGUUUACCCCUUUUGGACUCCUUUGUGAAGCGAAAGUGAUUAGGGACAAGAUCACAGGUUUAAGCAAAGGAUAUGGUUUUGUUAAGUAUGCCGACCAUGUCGAUGCUGCUAAAGCUGUGGCAAAUAUGAAUGGGUGCAAGAUUGAGGGAAAGACGCUAGUUGUUCGGAUAGCAGGCAUUGAACCACUGCCUUCACAGAAUAGUUCGGUAUCCAGAGGACUUUUAAGCCAACUUCCAACUCAUUCAGGAUCUGCAGCUAUUGCUCCGGAAAAUCCUGAUCCUAUGCAUUGGCCAGGUCCUCCGGAAUCAAGGUUACCAGAAAGUCUUCCUUCUUUUUCAAACAACAGCGGCUUGCCAAUUCUUAGUAGUCCUUUUAAUGGACAAUAUUUGGCAUCUCUUCCACCUCCGCAACAAACACUAGCAACAACAUCUCAUUUUUCAAGUCUUCCUUUUUCAAACAUCAACAGCUUGCCAACACAUAAUAGUUCCUUUAACGGACAAUUUUUGACAUCUCUUGCCCCCUCACAUCAAACACAAACAUCAACCUCUCAUUUUUCUGGUGGUUUUGCAACACCGGAAGAAGAACUUCUUCAUUUUCCAGGAUAUCUGAAGAGCUUUGACCCUCCACCUCCAAUGCCUUCAACCAGUUUGGGCUCUUCUCAGUUUCAUUUCCCUCAAAACUUUGGUAGCUAUCAGAUGCCUCCAUCUUGAUAUUUUGUUAUGUGAUCCCAGAGCAGGUAUUCAGCAGUGGCAAUUAUUAUGUUAGAUUGUGGUUGCUUGACUAAGAGUAAGAGACCAUAAGUGUUACGUAAUUCGGUUGUACAGAAAAAAGAGAGGCAGUUUGGACUGAGAAAUUGGAUUGUGGUUAGUGGGUGAGUCUAGAUAUAUUGAUCCCUCUGCACUAUCCUACUGUACCCUUCUUCAUAUUAUUUGAAGCACUCACCAACUGUGAUUGUGGAAUUUGCUCUGUUCUACUGAAAUGCGAAAAGAGAUUGCUAUUGUAAAUGAUUGGAAUGAAUUGUCGCUACCAAUGUACAAGUUGACCAUCCAGCAGGAGAUAACUGGAAGAUAUUGGAUAAUUAUAAGUCGUUGAUUACCUUGAAUCCCCAAUCCGUGAUACUGGCUAUCUGUAUUUAUGUCUUGAUGCCCUGUUAACUCAUUCUCUCGUUGGUUAUAUUCGCAAUGAGUAAGUUGAAAACAGUACAGCAAAGGUUUCUGAAGAGUUGGUCCUUCUAAAGCGCAUUAUGGUGCUUUGAGGUAACAAUGAAGUAAUGCAAAGGAGGUGUAGCUGAACUUGAACUGUGAAUACUCCCAGAACGGUCAUCUCAGCUGUGCAACAGUGAUUAGAAGGGGUGACUCCAAAAAGAAAAAAGAAAAAAGGAGGCAGUGAUUAGAAGAGGAUUGGGAUUACAGUUAACCCAAAAUGAAAGGGAUAGGAAGUCUGUUCGCAUGUAGGAUGUUAGUAGAGGAUUUGUAUUGGCAUGGUUCUUUAACUGAUCUGGAAUCUUACAUGAGUUUAUUUCUUCCUGUUGUCUUACUAUACAGAGAAAAGAUGUUUCUUUUUUUAUUUUUCCAUUUUUUAUCAUGUAGAGAGGGCAUGUGCGUACACUGAUAAUGGUUGACGGAGGUGGAGCUUAGGGUGUAUCUGUAUAAUGUAUUGGGUCAAUUUUCUAUCCCUCAAAUAAAUGUUUUAUUGCUGCUUCAUUCA